UUGAUAAAUUCUGUUCUCCAAACAUUGAACUUUGAACUGCACCAAACAACCGCAAAGAAAUGAUUUUUCUUCUAAAAAACACUAGAUGUUCACCCAGAAGACCUCAUAAUCCCAUUCCGCGUUCCAUUUUGACGUCAUCUACUACAACAGCUGGUUUGUACAAGACAAUCUGAGUUCUGUCCACACAUCCUAUUGUUCCGACUCCUACAAACAAGUGAGAAUUGAACUUUCUAUCGUGUCCUGUUCGAUCGUGAUAGGUUAGUCUCGAGCCCUUGUUCCUUUCACUUGCUUGCAUAUAUUAACGCUCAUUUCCUCAUGUGGGCACAACAGACUUAUUGGUAUCGGAACUGUGAUCUUGUUAAUCGACUUCGUAUUGUCUCAAUGAGAAAGCACUGAAGUAUCAGACUCCGCGAAUAAAGUUGCAAGAUGUAUUUAAUUAAUGUAAGGCAGAGGUAAUAAAUCUUAUUAGUAAAAUAUGUACCUUAUAUGUAUUUAUGAUAUUUAAAAAAACUUCGAUAAUUUUUAGCAAACACGGUAUUUUUGGGACCUGAAUAAUAACAAACAUGGCUAUUGAUAACUAACUUUUGAUACAAGUUAAAUAAAAUUCAAAAAGAUCAAUAAUAUUUGAUAAAUUGAGCAAUAAACCGUGUAAUCCAAAAAAUAUGGACAAGUGAUCGUCAGAAACUAGAAAAUAUUUCUUAAAAUUUAAAGUACGGAAGUUGCGUAUUCAUUAUAUCUUCCAUCAGCAUAAGACAGAUAGACCUUAUGCAAGUGCACACCACGAAACAGCAAGCCUUGCCAACUUACGGCUAAUCUACGUCACUAGCCGACAACCGGCUAUCGUGACGGAUGCGAGCCGGACCGGCGACCACCCGCGAGUUUUAUCAUUGCUUAUCACCGGCAAUCUCUAGAUCAGAACGCGGCCUAAUUAGGGACUCGCGUGCCGGUACCACGCCGCUAAUAUGACGCUUUCUGUUUAGAUGAAUGGGAUCUGAACCCUUUACAUUUGGAUAGUUUGAUAACCUUUAAUUAGUCAGUGAAUUAAUACUCAGCCUAACAAUUUUAUGGAUCAGGGAGCUUGAAAAGAUUUGAGUGUUUUGUUGAUAAGAGUUCAUUCUUAUUGGAUACUGAUUGUUCUGGCUACAAUGGAUUAAUAUCAUAAUCUCUAAUAAGAAACUGGGAGCAAUAUUAAAAAACGUACAGCCACGUUCACUCCCUUUUUAUACAGACUUGUCUUCUUUAAGCUCAUCAAAAGCUUUCAUGAUUCGCCCAAAAGCGCGAACUUAGCCGCCCAGGACAGCGUGGUGCGUAGUCCUCGAGCAGCACUCGCGCUGCCAGUCGCCGCGUCACCGCCGGCGAGCACGCACGCUCCUCACCAUCCGCCGUAUACGAACUACUUAUAACAAUAACACGCGUUUACGUUCAUUCAUUGUUACCGUCAAAAAGUUUUCACGUUACCCCGAGAUUGGGCUUGGGAAAUUUGUUCGAACGGACGGCAAGUUAAUUGCGCGACUAAGUUAUAGUUAAGUGUUGAAGCGAAACCUAAUCAGUUAAACAUAAAUUGUUUAGAAUUUAUGUUCUGGUUCCUAUGAAUGGUUAUCGCUGAAGCUUAUUUUAUAUUGUAAUCAGUGUGGUAAGGAAGUUUUCUUAGCGAUAAGUUCGGCCUAAUGUUUUCGUACUAAGGUAGAGUUGUGAUUGUGACAUGUGAGUGAUGGUCCCCAAGAGUUAUGGAUGAAUAGUGGUAGUGAUGCGGUGGUGUUACUUCCUGGUGGCGAUGGCCGUGGCCUCGGCUCUGGCGACGUCUGGGCCCCGGCGAUGCGCGGGGAGGCUGGCCCGGGAGCGGCUGAAGGCUGCGGAGAAGAUCCGGGACAAGAGAUAUUUCCACCUCUGCUGCGCGAGCCCAUGCGGGUCCCCGUACAGGAGGCCGCGACCACCCUCGUCAACAAGACGAUACCAGCCGUUCCAUAAAACCUGGCUGGGACUCAAAUAUGGGUGUAAUUGUUCGUCGAUCGGCGCGGAGAGCAACGUGUGUGACAUCCGCACCGGACAGUGCCGUUGCAAGCAACAUGUUACGGGCAGAGCCUGUGACACAUGCGAGGAAGGAUACUGGGGCCUAAAGCUCGGUGGUUGCCGGCGCUGCGCGUGCGGCUCGGGCGCGUCGGCGUGUGACCCGGAGUCCGGCGCGUGCGCAUGUGCGGACGGCGUCGGCGGCGCGCACUGCGAUACUUGCCUCCCCGGGUACUAUGGAUUCGGGCCUACUGGGUGCUUACGUAAGUUUUUAAAUCCUAUAUCGUCCGUAACCGAUAGGGCUCCAAAUACCGCUCUUUAUGAUUUUCUCUUCAGAUUUUACCCACUUAAGUCUAAAGUCCAAAACAAAUUCAUAGGCAUGCACAAGAACUAUGCAUAUAUUCCAGCAUGCCCAGUUUGCACGGACGGCAAGGUGUGUUCGCCGCAGAGCGGGCGCUGCGUGUGCCCGGGCGGGUCCAUGGGCGCCGGCUGCCGGCAGUGCGCGCGAGGCUACUGGGCGGUUGGAAACACCUGCAAGCCUUGCAGCUGUGGAGCCGGGGCUGUGUCUAAUACAUGCGACCCCCAUACGGGUCAGUGUAAGUGUCGGACGGGCUGGCAGGGGGCCACAUGUGAGGAGUGCUCGCGGGGUCACUACGGGCCCAAGUGCCGGCCCUGCCAGUGCCACGGCGCCGGCACGAGGGACUGCCAGGAUGGCGUGUGCCCUUGUGAUGAAUGGGGCAAGUGCCCUUGUAAGGAAAACGUGGUAGGCGAGUUAUGCGACAGUUGCCUGGAGGGCACGUUCGGGCUGUCCGCCUCCAACCCCUCGGGCUGCACGGCGUGCUUCUGCUUCGGGCGCGUGUCGCAGUGCUCGCAGGCGGAGCUGGCGCGCGCGGCCCUGCACGCCGCCGCGCCCGUGCAUCUCACGCUGCAGAGGCCAAGACACGACCUUAUCACUACUAUGGACCAAGACUCCCUACUAGCCAUCCAUACUCACACCCCGGACGCUACCAUCACGCUUCCCUGGCCCCCAGUGCCAGUGUACGUGGAGUUGGACAAGAGGUUCGUGGGGGACCGCGUGACGUCAUACGGGGGCUCGCUGCGGUUCCGAGUUGAAGAGGAGGGGGGGACAGAGCUGAGUAGAGAAGUGUUAGCCAGGUUCCCACUUGUCAGGCUGUAUACUAAGAGCAUCGUGUUGGAGCAUUUUGAGCUUGUACCAGGAGUGAAUGGCAGCCACAGCGUCCGUUUCCACGAGUCGUUGUGGCAGGUGCGGGGUCGCGGGCCGGCCUCGCGCUCGGCGCUCAUGCUGGCGCUGCGCGGACUCGACAAGAUCCUCAUCCGCGCCACCAGUAGGGCACCCACCCACCACGAACAUGUACACGCCUUGCUCCUCAACGUUUCCCUGGACACUGCGAUCCCCGGCCUGAGCAGGUCCGAGCCAGCGCUGGGCGUGGAGCUGUGCGCUUGUCCGGCUGGUUACACCGCCAGCUCCUGCCAGAAGCCUGCUGCCGGCUUCUGGAUGCCGCCGCCCAAGAUCCUUAUGUCGGCAGUGUCGGGGACCAUUGUGAUCAACCUGGAGGGAGACGCCCAGCCGUGUCUGUGUAAUGGAAGAGCGACGGAGUGUGAUCCUGAUACAGGGGAAUGCUUGAACUGCACGAUGGGUACUGGCGGCGCGCGCUGCGAGGUGUGCGCGGCGGGCUACUACGGCGCGCCCGGCCGCGGCGCCGGCUGCCAGGCCUGCCCCUGUCCGUCACGAGCCAGGAACUUUGCUGAAGCCUGUGCCAUGCAGGAUGGAAGGCUGCAGUGUCUUUGUAAACCUGGUUACGCGGGCCCGGAGUGCGAAUCGUGCGCGUCAGGCUACCGCCGGGGCGCGGGCGGCGCGUGCGUGUCGUGCUCGUGCGGCGCGGGCGCGCUCAGCCCCGCGUGCGACGCGCGCGGCCGCUGCCACUGCCGGGAGUACGCCAGCGGCCCGCGCUGCGACACCUGCCGGCAGCCGAGGACAUACAUGACUGAAAAUGGAUGCAAACCAUGUGACAACUGCACACAAACAUUACUUGACUCAGUAGAACAACUUACACAAGAAUUACGGACAAAAGCGGACCCUAGAGAACUGAGUCGGAUACCGAAACCCUUCGCCGCAGUCCGAGAGUACCACCACAACGCCACCACACUGAAAUCUAGUCUCAACCAACUUACAAAUAGUUUAGUCAAUACUAGAAACUUAGAAGAAAUCUUAGGAGAUAUAGAGAGUACGGAACAUAGGAUAUUUACUGAAGCAAAUGCUUUGAAAACGGAGGCUUUGAGGCGUGAUAAAGAGGCGGACUACUUGAGUUUGGAGAGCAUGAGUGCUUUAGAGGAGGUUCUCAAGAUCAGGAGAAGAGUGAGUGAGCUGGUGGAGACGCUGGAUGAGUUCGCCCGAGGAGAGAAACACUCGAGUGCUCACAGAGCAAUCAAGGAAGCGAGACACCUGCUCAGACAGAUCAAGGAUCUGAAGCUAGUUGAUUACGUGACGGGAGCUAACGAUGUAUUCGAUUCGGCACAUCUUCAGUCAACAGCAGUCCAAGAACGGAACUACCGUCUAGAAGACACGUACAGGCGCCUGCAGAGCCUGCGAACAGCACUAGACAGCUGGGAGCAGAAGGCAGCUGACCUGCAGAAGUUGUCCGAGAUGGUGUGGAAGGCUGAUGACACGGUGAUGGCCUUGAAGGAGCGGGUCAAGCCUAGGUUAUCUGCUGUCAGGGAUAUUGGACUGCGGUGCCGGCUCGUCCUAGAGGAUAUAACAACUCUAUCAGCAAACAACAUCACAGAUGACAUCCGAGCAUCUCUCCUCCAAGGUCAGACCCUGGGCAUCAAGUUCUCGGCACUGGCAGCCGAGCUGGCCGUCCUGACGUUAGCUGCAGAGGAAAAGGAGGGGAUCCUAUACAACCUCACGCCCGUCUACAAGCAGAAGUAUCUAGAGGCUGUGGAGAAGCAUGUCGCGGAGUUGGGAGUUAAAGCCAAAGAAUAUAAGAAUUUGUUUGCCGGAAGUCGCGCUGCGGCAUCCCUGGGAGUGUCAGCUGCGCAGGCGUGGUCUCGCGUGGCGAUGCAGGUGAAGGAGGCUGCGGCAGAAGCUGAUGCUGCUACUAAAGCUGCCGCAGCCGCCACCUCGCUGGCACAGGGCAAUGUCCCGAUGGCUCACAGUGCUGCUAAGGGCAAGACAGCGUCUGAGGACUUGAAGAAACGAGGCGCUGCAGUGUUGGCGAAAGCUGAUGAGCUCCGCAACCAGCUCGAACAUCUUCGCCGCGGAGCUGACUUAGUAAGCGUAGUCCUACGAGGACUUGGCUGGCAGGAGCGAGAACUGAGCGGCAGGCCCAAGGCCAAUGUCCAAGCCACCCUGUCAGCCGCCAACGAACAGGCUGAUAGAGUAUUCGCAAGUACCAGGGUACUGUAUGAUGAAGCCAGCGAGCUUCGGCGAAGAGUUAGGUACCAUCUGAGGAGGCAGCUCACAGAACUGCAAAGGCAUGGAGAUACCGCGCUAGGAGCUGCGCAGGAACAUGUAUCGCAGAUCCGCGGCAACACGGUCCGCGGCGCGGAGACGGCGGCGGCGCUGGCGGGCGCGGCGGCGGCGCGCGCGCGCCAGCACGAGCACGCCGCGCGCACGCUCGCGCCCGCCGUGCGCGCGCUCCGGGACCAAGUGCUCAAGGCGAGACAUGCUGCCGAAGCUAUAUCAGUAUCAUUAACAUCAGUCUCGGGCGCGCCGCUGGGCUGCGUGCGCGCAUACUCCGUGUCGGCCGCCUCUCCGACUGUCACCAGACUUGCGCUUGCGCUGUCCUUUGACAACGAAGUCCGCGAUGGACCUCUGUUAUACCUGCUCGAUGAUACACAGGAAAAAGAGACUUACAUGAAGUUAUCAGUGGCCAGUAACAAGCUGCACUUGGCGUGGGACCUAGGGGGUGGGGAGGGUGAAAUCGUCCACCCUGAGGUCCUGCAGCCCACGCACGACGACGCUGAUCACACGUCUUAUAAGAUUGAAAUCGAACGCAUAUGGAACACAGUCCACCUACGCGUAGAGCUGGCCGGCAGCAGCGUAGUAUCGGCCAGUAACAGCAGCUCGUCAUCCGCCGUCACACUGCACACGUCACAGCUGUGGCUCGGCUGGCCGCACCACGACACCGGCCUGCCAGCGUGUGUGCAUGCCCUAUACACCGAUGACAAGACUGUCGGGCUGUGGAACUUUGUGCAGCAACCGAAGGAGGCUAAAUGUACUGGGUGUACACAGAGAUGGUACAACAGCCGCGGUGGCGAGCCCUCCAUGGUGUGGUUCAACGGCGCGGGCUACGCCGAGCUAAAGCGGUCCCGCGCGCGCCCCGUCGACAAGAGGCAGUUCAGCAUCGCCUUCACUUUCAGGACUAGAGACGAGGAUGCCUUGCUGUUCAUGGCGCUUGAUACUGCUAAUAACCGUUCAGUAUCGGUAGUGCUGCGCGAGUGCCGCGUGGUGUUCACGGUGGAGUACGGCGGCGCGCGGCUGCAGAUCACGGCGGCGGGGCGCCACUGUCACGGCAGGCCCGCGCACGUGCAGGCCAUACGGGCCUUCGCCAGCAACAAGCUCGAGAAAGGCAGCUUGCGCGUGAACGGCGAGGAGACGCUGGGCUCGCCGGCGCCGCCCGUGCAGACGCCCGCCGCGCUGCCCGAGCUGGGCGGGGCCACCUACUGGCUGGGCGGGGCCCCGCCCGCCGCGCCCCCCGCCCUGCCGCCCCCGCUGCUCGGCUGCGUCGGAGGACUCACGGUGGACCGGGAUGGGUACGACCUGCAGUCUGCCGCGGCCAGGCAUGGACUCGAGCCACGCUGUGGAGAUAGGACGCUCCGCUCGGCAAUCCUAAAAGGUUCAGGCUACAUCGAACUGCCCUCCCCGGUAUUCCGCCGCAAGGCGUCCCUUGGCAUCUCGUUCCGCGCCCGCUCCAAGGACGGCCUGCUGCUGUACCGCGCGCCCUCCACCCUAGCUGAGAACGAGGUGGACGAUGACGACGGCGAUGAUAAACAUUAUCUAGCUCUGCUGUUGACUGAUGGUGAGCUAGAGCUGGUUGCGGCGGCUGGUAAGGGAGAAGUCCGGUUGCGUACAAACGGAACCAGAUUCGAUGAUGACCACAUGCAUACUGUCAGGAUCAUCCGGUUGCAUAAGCAGAUAGAACUAUGGGUCGAUGAAGAGCAGCUCAGCAUCGGCGCGCUCGCCGGCAACGCGCUUCCCGCCCGCCCUGGAGGCCUGUUCCUGGGCGGGGUGCGGGAAACUUUACAUGCUAAUAUACCACUCAAGUCCUUCAAAGGAACUCUGGCUGAUCUCAUCGUUGAUUCACAACUAGUGGGCCUGCAGUCAGCGCUGAGCUGGCGCGGCGCCCGGCUGGGCCGCGCGGACGGCGCCGCGCCGCGCGCGCCGCGCUCCGAGCCGCGCGCGCUGCAGGCGCAGCCCGACGCCGCUGGAUGUACUAAGACAUCAUCAUACACGGUGGAGGCCGGCGCGGUGAAGUUCGGCGACUCGGCUCACAGCCACGCGACGCUCAAGCUGAACAAGCGCAGCAAGGAGCUGGUGCUGUCGCUGCAGAUACGCAGCUACGCGCCUGAUGGACUCAUACUAUUGGCACCGGGUUCAAAAGCGAAGCCGAAACAUUACAUGGCUCUAUUGGUGCGCGAGGGCAAGUUACGAUUGGUGGUGCGCGGGCGCAAGCGAAAGGAACUCACGUUAGCAACUAAUGUCACAGACGGAAGCUGGAGACAGGUCAGUGUAAUACAUGAGAUAUACGAUAUUUAUGCAAUAGGUAAAGUGUCGCUGCGUAUGUCUCGCGGACGCCUGCAGCUGUCGUCAGGCGGCGCGGCGGCGGCUGCGCGGGCGCCGGCCGCAGCGCGUGCGCAACGACUGUACGUCGGAGGGUUACCAGCGCCGCCAGCGUUGCCGAAUUUACCGAACUCUAUAACUCGGAUAGGUGGUUUCCGCGGCUGCAUCCGCCGCGUGACUGUGAACGGCCGCGCGGAGGACCUGGUGCGGGAUGCGCAGGCGCACCACGGCGUCGGACAGUGCUUCCCUAAUGUCGAACAAGCUGCUUACUUUGGAGGUGACGCGUACGCGGUGUGGUCGAGUGCGUGGACGAUGACGUCAGACGGGUCUGAGAGCUCGAUGGAGCUGCGGCUGCAGUUCAGGACCAGCGAGCCCAACGGAGUGCUGCUGGCGGCGGCCGGCCUGCUGCUAGAGGUCAAGGAUGGCGCUGUGGUGCUGUCCCGCCAGUCGUCAGGCGCCGAGCGCGCGCGCGUGUGGUGGCGCGGGCUGCGCGGCGGCGCGUGCGACAACAGCUGGCACGGCGUGCGCGCGCGCGUGUCG